AUGAAUAAAGCUAUGGAGAAAAUGAAAUCCCACUUCUCUGCUGAGUCGGGCCCCCCACCCAGCUACGAGGAGACAACAAACGAGGGAGGUAUUCGAGGUGACCCACCACCAUACCACAACUGGCAAGAAGCCGUCCCGGACACCUCCAUCUUCCCACCACCGCCAGUAUCAGGAUACUACAGCUCGGGCACAGGGAACGCAUCCAGUGACGACGCAGAAAGAGCCCAUGCGUUCUGCAAUAAUACUCCACUCUAUAUUCCGGCCCAACCCUCAGAAGCCGUCUACAGCGCAGUCCAACAUCACGACAUACGACCCGUAAAGGCAAAUGAGUACAAUGGCAUUCUACAAUCAACGGGCCAAGGUAAAUGGCACGGCCGCACAGUAGACCGAAACGGAGACUGCCUAGUCUUAACGCAUCUACCACUCUACUUUGCCGCCGCAGACUCACCCUUUAUCCGCGAGACGCGCAAGACGAUCUAUUUCGAGGUGAAACUGCUAGCUCGCCGGGCUGGACCGGGCGGAAACACUGACGAAAGUGGCUUCUCCAUCGGAUUCGUGGCUCAGCCCUAUCCCUCCUGGCGAUCACCCGGCUGGGAGCGGGGAAGCCUGGGGAUCUUUUCCGAUGAUGGGUGUCGAUUUGUGAACGAUUCGUGGGGCGGCCGGGACUUUACUUCCCCUGUUAAUGUAGGUGAGACCGUUGGGGUUGGCAUGGUGUUUUCCCUUCCUGAGUUUAGCGGCAAUGCGAAACAAGGGAUCAAGGCGAGGGUGGAGGUGUUUUUCACCCGGAAUGGUCAUCGGGCCGGGGGGUGGGACUUGCACGAGGAGGUGGAUGAAGAAUCCGGGGGAAUCGGUGGGCUGGAAGGCGAUUUUGAUCUUUAUGGGGCCAUCGGGCUGUUUGGUGGCGUCGACUUUGAAUCUUGCUUUGACCCUGCAGGUUGGCUUUGGCAGCCUGCGUAG